AUGCGAAACUCCUGUUCAGGACAGCUGGAAGAGGUGCGAAGCGUGCGAAGCAAGCAGGAUGCCUUGCUUCAUGGAAGCCGUUCAAGUCGUUUGCUUGCGCAAUGGAAGCAUACAGUGACGCCGAUCCUUAUCCUGUCUUGUCUCUUGCAGUUUCGAUGGCCAACUGCCCUUCUUUAUGCCACUGCUGUGGUCUUGGUCCAGAAGCUCUUCCGGCUUGGUCUCUUAAAGCUCUGCUGGGCAGGUUGCCCCCGAGCGGACCAGCCCAUGCGCGUGCUGCUGUCGGGAGAUUCGUUCCCACCGAAGUUGGAUGGUGUCCAGAACUUUGCGCGAAACACCAUCCAGGCCUUGGUUCGUGACGGACACCAGGUGCACGUCUUCUGCAGCAACGGCACGAGCACGACGCAUUUGGCUCCCGAAAGCUUCGGCGCUACCGUGACGCGGGGGCCCGGGGUGGAAGUGCAGCCGAGGCCCUCGCCGCACUUCGUGCUCUCCUUGAUGCGCUUUCGCCCUCAUGUGAUCCAGUUCUUUGAUUUUACACCGUGUGCCUUCUUUGUGGUGCCCUUCCUCUGGUGGCUGGGCAUCCCGUUGAUCAUCUCUCACCAUUCACGGAUCGACUUGUACGCCACCUAUGUCCCUGGCUUCAUCGGUGACUACGCGCCACAAGUGAUCCGAGCGGUUUGCGAGGUGAUGUUCCCCUUGGUGACGGGGCAUCUGUUGAUCGACGGCUCUCAGAAGGACCAAUCCUGGUUCCAGGGACAUCCCAAUCUGCGCUUCUGGUCCACAGGAUGCGAUUUGAACUUCUUCCAUCCCUCGAAAGCGAAGCCAACCAGCCGUGAGCUUUGCAGCAACCACCGGCCUGAUCUGCCUCUGGUAGUCUUUGUGGGAAGGCUUUCACCAGAGAAGCAGGUGGACAAGUUGGUGGAUUUGGUGAAAGUCACCAAUCCACCCGGCGAACGGGAGCUCUGCCGCUUCGCCAUCAUCGGAAACGGGGAUAGCUGGGAAUCGAUCCAUGCGGAGAUCGGCGAGCGGCCGGAUGUCUACAUGCCCGGCGCAGUGGUAGGGGAGGAGCUGGCGAGCGCGGUGGCCUCGGCAGACAUCUUCUUCUCGCCCACGGUCACUGGGACGUUGGACUUGGUCUUCAUCGAGUCGCAGGCGGCGGGCUUGGCAGUGGUCGGCCCCCGCGCGGUGGCGGUCGUCGCUGAUGGGGAGAACGGCCGCUUGUACGAUCCUCUGGACAUGGAGGAUGCCAAGAGAGCCAUCAAAGACAUCAUUGAUGGGAAGAGUCUGGAGCAGAUGAAGGUCGCUGCCCGGGCCAAUGCUGCGAAGAACUUCACUUGGUCCAAGUGCAGCGAAGAAGCGAUUCAGUUUUACAAGGACGUGCUGCAGCCUUUGACGUGUGAGCUUUGCAAAUCUAUCUACCCGACCUAUAUCCACACCAACAGCGGACAUGAGCGGUCUCCGCUGGUUGAAGUUCCAAACACUACACCACCCUUCAUCGUUCUGGAGAACAUGGUCCGGGAUUCUCAGCAGCACACCUCCCGGGGACUCCACGUCAUCUCUCUGGCCGAGAAGGAGCUGAAGCUGGGCCGCGGCCACGAGAGCGACGUCCGCAUCGCCGACGCCGCUUGGGGCGGAGAAGGGGUCUCGAUCUCCCGUUGCCAUGCCACGAUCCGCUUCAGUAAGGGCCAGUUUUUGCUACAGGACAACAGUUCCAAGUUCGGCACACUGGUGGCGAUGAAGAAACCCAAGGUUCUGGAACCAGGUGUGAACAUUUCGAUUCAGAUGGGCCGCACGGUGUUGACCUUGUGCGCACAGUCCGAUCCCAACCAAUCCACCGCGGCGCCGCCGGCGGGUCUUGGGGGUGUGGACAGGACUGGUGAGGCGAACGCCCUGAAUGCGCUGCCUGCUGGUGGAAGUGCGCAGGACGAGCGAGCCUUGCGCUUGUCCCUCUUGACCCGGGGGCAGAGCGAAGGAGCUUCAAGCUUGCCCGGCUCCACGCGCGGCGGACAACCGAAGGGGAACUCUGUGCGGCUCCACGCCUGCGCGGACGGCGCACCGGGUGGGAGUGAAGAUGAGAGCGCCACAUGGGACCGUGGGAAUCCCGACCUCUGGCGGAUCGUGCUCGCGGAGGCGCUCGCUUCAGGUCAAACCUGGCGCUGGGAACUGCAGGCGUGGCUGCUGCGACGACACUGGCCGCUGGUGCCGGCAGGUGGCGCAGUGGCCAGGGACCUCAGAGACGCGGCGCAGUUCCGCGCGCUGAACAUCACAUGGGAAGCUGGUUUUGGCGCGUGCGUCUUCGGCGACGACGGAGCUCCGCCACGCUCCGUGCGGUGCCGAGCGGGGGAGCUGAGUGGCGGUCGACGGGAAGACGGACGGGCACCACGCGGCACGGGCGUCUUCGAUCGCUUCAGGGAGGAUGCCAUCAACGUGAUCUACGCGGCACAGGAAGAGGCGCUCCGCCGCAGUCGGGGUCGCCCAGGAGAAACCGCGGCCGCGGUGGACGCGCCCGGCGUCUUGGGGAAGAACCGUAUGCGAGGUUGUGGAGCCGUCUGCACCGAGUUCAUCCUUUACGGCAUCUUGUCCCAGGUGGCCGCGGUGCUGCCGCCGACGAUGGGAGCGGUCCGCAAGGGCAUCACCAAAGAGGCAGUGAAGAGGGCCAUCACCAACAGCCGAAGUCGCUACGUGGUGGACGCUCCAGGCGCCUGCGAUGGAGCUGCUGCCCGGGAGGCGAUCGAGCUCAUUCAAGAUGGUAGCACCGUCGCCACCGCUGGCUUCUUGGGCCUCGUCUUCCCGGAAGACUUGGCCAUGGAGUUGGAGCGCCAGUUCCUGGAGACUGGCCAUCCCAGAGAUCUCACCUUGAUGUACGCGGCCGGGCAGGGCGACGGCGCCUCGAAGGGCGUGAAUCGCUUCAGCGCUCCGGGCUUGGUGAAGCGGGUGAUCGGCGGCCAUUGGGGCUUGGUGCCGAAGCUCCAAGCCUUGGCUCUCCAAAAUCAGAUCGAGGCCUACAACCUCCCGCAGGGCGUGAUCUCGCAGAUGUUCCGAGACAUUGCUGCCAAGCGCCCGCGAACCAUCAGUAAAGUGGGCUUACAUACCUUUGUGGAUCCUCUCCACGGUGGUGGCCGCUUGAACGCCGCCACCACGGAAGACCUGGUGGAACGCAUCCACUUUGACGGAGAGACGUACUUAGCCUUCAAAACCCGUCCGCUGGAUGUGGCCUUCCUGCGCGGCACCACCGCAGAUGCUGAUGGGAACAUCACUAUGGAGAGGGAAGGCUUAUUUCUGGAGAAUCUGGCUAUGGCCAUGGCCGCGCACAACUCGGGCGGCCGGGUGAUGGUGCAGGUGGAACACUUAGCCCAGCGCCAUUCGCUGCCUCCGAGGCAAGUGAAGAUUCCUGGGAUCCUGGUGGACUGUGUGGUGCUGUCUAGGCCCGAACACCACUGGCAGACCUUCUCGGUGCCCUAUAGCCCCGCCUUUAGCCACGAGAUACGCCUCGCCAGCGAAGCGCUCGAUCCGAUUGGCCUGGACGAGCGGAAGGUCAUCGCACGCCGGGCCAUCUUGGAGCUUCGGCCCAAGGCCCUCGUCAACGUGGGCGCCGGGAUGCCCGACCGGGUGGCACGGGUCGCGCAUGAGGAAGGCGUGCUGGAGCAGGUGACCAUCACUUUAGAGCCAGGGGUGGUCGGCGGCAUUCCUGCAAGCUCGCCCAACUUCGGCGCCGCGGUCAACGUGGACGCGCUCAUCGACCAGCCAUCGAUGUUCGACUUCUACGAUGGCGGUGGCUUGGACAUGGCGUUUCUGGGCAUGGCACAGGUCGACGCGGCUGGGAACGUGAACUCUUCACGCUUUGGCACCAAGCUGUCGGGCGCGGGAGGCUUCAUCAAUAUCAGCCAGAAUUGCAAAAAGGUCGUCUUCGUGGGCACCUUUACCUGUGAUGGAUUGGAAGUGUCAGUUCAAAAUCAACUCACAAUCCUCAAGGAGGGCACGUGCCGCAAGUUUGUGCAGCAGGUGGAGCACGUCACCUUUUCCGGUGACUAUGCUCGAGAAAGGAAGCAAGAGGUGCUCUACGUCACGGAGCGAUGCGUCUUUCAACUGACCUCCAACGGCUUAGAGCUCACGGAGGUUGCCCCUGGCAUCGACUUGGAGAAGGAGGUCUUGGCACAUAUGGACUUCCAUCCACGGAUCCGGUCGCCCGGUCCGCGGUGGAUGGAGCAGCGCAUCUUCAGGGAUGCCUUGAUGGGCUUAGGCAAGGGCUCUUUGCCCUUCAGCGAGAACACCCGCGUGCUCUUUGAUACUGCCGCGAGUGUGGGCAACACUGAGAUCGGCUGUGAGCAGCUGCUGCUGGCCUUCUGCGAGCCGCCACUGGCGCAAAGCGGAGCCAUGGUGUUGCUUAAAGGCCUCGGGCUUUCAGGGGAGAAGUUGAAAGCGGCGGUCGAGGAGGAGCUGUGUGGCGCCGAUGAGAAGGGCGACUCAGAUCUGACCUUGGACCAAGUGGCCACCGAUCUCACGUGCCUUGGAGACGAACACGGCUUCGCGACCGUGAUUGCGGUUCCACAGAGUGGCGCGGAGUGGAACGGCCGGACGAGGCAGAUGGCCAUGGAUGGGCUCUUGGAUCCAGUGGUAGGUCGACAAGAGGAGAUGGAGCGCAUCAUCCAGAUCUUGCUACGGAAGCGAAAGAACAACUGCUGCCUCGUGGGCCCUCCCGGCGUCGGCAAGACGGCCGUGGUGGAGGGCUUGGCGCAACGCAUCGCGCAGGGGGAGGUGCCUUCACGCUUGCGUGGGAAGCAGCUCUACUCCUUGGACUUGGGGCAAUUGGUCGCUGGCACCAAGUACCGGGGCGAGUUCGAAGACCGCUUGAAGAAAGUGAUCAAUGAGGUGACCAGUGAUGAAAGAGACAUUUGUCUCUUCAUCGACGAGAUUCACCAGAUCAUCGGCGCGGGCGCCGCAGGUGCCGACUCCUCCAUGGACGCGGCGAACCUUCUGAAGCCUUCCUUGGCACGUGGAGAGCUUCAGGUCAUUGGCGCGACCACUGCGGACGAGUACACCAAGCACAUCGAGAAAGAUGCAGCCCUGGAGCGACGCUUCCAAAGGGUGAACUGUGAGGAAGCAUCAGUCUCGGAGACCUUGGAGGUCCUCGAGGGCUUGAGACCCUCCUACGAGGCGCAUCACGGAGUGCUCUUGUCCCCGGACGUCUUGCAAGCGGCCACGCGGCUCUCGCAACGCUAUCUCACCAAUCGUUUCUUGCCCGAUAAGGCGGUGGAUCUCAUUGAUGAAGCCAGCAGCCUCGCGCAAUGGCGCAUGGAGCUUCAGUUAGAGCAGGCUGGGGCUGCUGGAGUGUGGAAAGCGGAAGAUUGCUGGCGGAAUACCCAAGACUUCUGUUUUGGCAAAGAUCUCAGACAGGAUGGCCGAUUGGUGACCAUUCCUCACCAGCCAAAGCCCGUGGUCACAGCCGCAGACGUGGCAGCAGUGCUCUCGAAGUGGCAGGGGUCCCAUACGGGGUCGGGCGUGCCCGUGGACCGCAUCGAGCAGGGCGAAUCCGAGCGGCUGAUGCACUUGGAAGAGAUCCUCUCCAAGCGCAUCGUCGGCCAAGACGAAGCCGUGAGCGCCUUGGCGCGCGCGGUACGCCGCGCGCGCAGCGGUCUGGCAGGUCAGCAGCGGCCCACGGCCACCUUCUUCUUUGCAGGACCUUCAGGUGUGGGAAAAACACAGCUCUGUCGUGUUUUGGCAGAGGAGUACUACGUGGAUACCAAGGCCAUGGUCCGCCUGGACAUGAGCGAAUUCUCGGAACCCCACAGCGUGUCGCGCCUCAUCGGCGCGCCGCCGGGCUACGUGGGCUACAACGAUCCCCGCAGUGGGCAGUUGACCGAGGCAGUGAGGCGUCGGCCCUAUAGCGUGGUAGUCCUCGACGAGAUCGAAAAGGCCCACGCCGAGGUCUUGAACCUUCUUCUGCAGGUCAUGGAGGAUGGGCGCUUGACCGAUGGCAAGGGGAGAACAGUGAGCUUCAACCAUUCCAUCAUUGUCAUGACCUCCAACGUCGGUAGCAAGGAGAUCUUGCAACAGGCAGGGGCACUGGUAGCCUUUCCAGGGCUGAAGAAAUCCUGGCGUGAUCAGAUGAAAGAAGGCGUUUUUCUCUUCCGAAAUAUUCCGAAAUGAACAUAAAUAGGCAAGAAUGAGGUAGACGUUUGUGGUAUGGCCCGGUCUCAAGUUCUUGUAGCAUGCCAGUAUAGUGACAAAAUUGAUUUAAAGCUAAUGUCCAAUUUUCUUGAGGGACAAUCUCAAGGCUAGGACUGGAAAGCGGAGUUGCGCCACUCAGACAAUCAUUAGAAAGAGUUUGCAGAGAAUGCGAGAUCCCACAAGUAUCUAAUUUGGGUAUAUCAACGGUAUAUCAGAUAUCAGUCCAACACUCUUCGUCACGCUACAUGGAUCUACAUGGUCAUGUUCCUCGAGGGUGUGAAGAACACAGAGCCGAGCCCUAUACGUCAAUUUUUAGCUGCAUUCCGAGC